UUCCUGGGCUCCUAGAUCUGGAGUACAAUUACUGAUUUUCUGUUCCCUUUGGCCCAGAGUUAGCAUCACUGAAGCUUCUAAGCAGCAAUCAGGUACAAUGGUUAGUGUGAAUAAUGUUCAUCAGCUUGGACAAAGAUUGUGUUCUUGAAUAUGUAGAUUGAAUGAGCAUAUGCAUGAAGCGCAUCAGAUAUGCCUCCUUUUGCGCUUAUUACACACAAUUGAACUUUCAACCUCAAGUUCACAAACUAAAAAGAAACAUAAGAACAUCGCCGUGAUCGAAAAUAAUUUCAACCAGCCGAGCUAAUAACAUGGAAUUCAUAGUCAGAAAUUUGAAACACACGAUCAAAGGAUGAAUUCAAAUCCAAUACUGGGUCAACACCUCCAGUAAGCCAGAUAACUUAAAGGAGGAGGAGCUAACAAUAGUUCAGCCAAUCGAAUAGAAUGGUCGUGAUUCAAAACCCUAAAACUGGACUGAGAGUUGAGAAUCGAAGUUAACUGAGAGGGGCUGGGGAGGGAAUUGGCAGGGAAGCCGAGCAAGACCCUUGCCUCAUCGCCCUGCACAUAUCUGGAUUCUCUCUUUUAAGGUAUACACCGCACACACGUUUCGCACUCCACUGACGGGUUUGCGGGUCGGGCCGGGCCUGGCGGGCCACGCGAGCCAACAAACCUAGUCAGGAGGACGGGAAAGUGCGCUAUAAACAAUAAACAGUAACAGACAAGAACGAGAGUGCGAUUUGGAAUCAGUAUAUUGUGACAGGGGCCGGAUUUAUAAUCGCUUGCUCGAAUAGUUAGUUCUUCGUUGAUAUUCGAAAGAAGGAAGAAGAGGAAAUGAGAAUCCACAGACUCGGUAUCAAUGUUGCUCGGGCAUUGAAGCACUUCGAAUCUGUCUAUGCGAUUUCGCACACAAAUUCUUUGCGCCAGAGGUUGUCUCUUCAUUCUGCAACUUCCAAGUCGCGUUCUUACUCUACUGAAUUGCAGCCUCAACUAUCCCCAGACCUUAUUAAAAUCAUGGAGCAAAGGCUAUCAGCUAUUGAACACAGAAGUGCUUGCUUCGAGAAUAUCAUAAACCGGCCAGAUGUCUCUCCCAUGGAGUUUUCAACGGCUAAUAAAGAGCUUCAUAAAUUGAGGGGCUCCAUGGAUCUUAUAAAUGAGUUGAGGACCAAACAAAAGGAGAUUGAUGGUCUGAGGUCGCUAAUGGCUGAAUGCCAAGACGAUAAAGAAAUGUUUGAUAUGGCAAGUGAGGAUUUGGAUGAGGCAAUACAAGAAGAAAAAAGACUACAGGAUUUGCUGUUGCAGUCAUUACUUCCUAAGGAUGAUGCCGAUGAGAGGGGCAGUAUUUUGGAGGUGAGAGCAGGAACUGGAGGUGAAGAGGCAUCUUUAUUUGCAAUGGAUAUAUAUAAAAUGUAUGAAAAAUACUCUCAGAAGAAGGGAUGGAAGUUUGAAGUGGUUGAUAUAACAGAGUCUGAUCUGAAAGGCUACAAGGAAGCCAGUGCUUCAAUCUCAGGAGUGGGGGUUUACGGGAAACUUAAAUUUGAAAGAGGAAUUCACAGAGUUCAGCGUGUUCCUGUGACAGAGAAAUCUGGACGUGUUCAUACUAGUGCUGUGUCUGUUGCAAUCCUUCCUCAGGCUGAUGAGGUGGAUGUCCAAUUGAGGAAUGAACAUUUGAGGAUCGAUACAUACAGAUCAGGUGGUUCUGGUGGUCAGCAUGCAAACACUACCAAUAGUGCUGUUAGAAUAACUCAUCUUCCAACAGGGAUGACAGUGGCCAUACAAGAUGAACGAUCCCAGCAUAGGAAUAAAGCCAAAGCACUGGAAGUGUUAUGCGCAAAACUGUAUGAAAUGGAAAGGUUGCGAAUUCAGACAAGUCGAUCCAAACUACGAUCUGAUCAGAUUGGCAGCGGAGACAGAUCGGAAAGGAUACGUACAUAUAAUUUUCCUCAGGGACGCGUCACUGAUCAUCGUGUAGGCAUCACUCAUCAUGCAUUACAUGAAGUUAUGGAGGGAGAAAAUCUUGACGUCUUCAUUGACGCUCUUCUUUUGCAGCAGGAGAUGGACGCAAUAGCAUCAUUCAGUUCUGUCCAAUGAAAGUAGUCAAGGAGUUGUGCUAUAGAAGCUUAACCUUUGAGCAUCCAAUAUGUCUAAACCCAAGUCGUUAUGUCCAAGUACAUAGAAGUUUCCCACUUGAUGAUAGGGUAAGUUAGGUCAAAGUCAGGCGUACUAUUACAAAGGGUAUUGAUUUCGGUGAGAAUUGAACUCCAAGCAAUAAAAAAACACUCGUGUACCUAAAACAAAGUAAUGGCAACAAAGUUUGCAGAAGUAACAAGAAAAAAGAGAAGAAAAAGCAUAGAGGAGAAGAGAAAAGCAAGAGGCAUAUAAUAGCCAGGGAAGAGGCAGUGCAUGGAUAGAACCAAAAACAGAUCCUCUAUUAGUAGUUCCAUCCGUGCGCUGUCUCUUCCUCCUC